CGAGCACCAACAACCUGCAACAACUUCGUGACCAGAAUCAAUUCUACACCUUUUACCAGGAUAGUAACUUUCUUUCGGAAAAAUUAGAAUUGCCUUGAUAUUACUUUAUUUAGGUUUGGAGAGGGACAUUUGCGACUAGGGCAUUUAUCAUUAUGUGGUUGGAUGGCUUAUGAUAGUAUUUGAUUGCAGCUCUCAAACAAUUCAUCUAAAUGGUUUUGAAGUUCUGUUGACUUCAGUAAAUUAUCUCGUGUCAGUUCCGAAGUCCAGAACUAUGUCUACCAUCUGAUUUAUAUUAUUGUGCGUUUUGGUGUUGAAGACAAGAGUUUAUCCCAGGCUAUUUAACCUAUCGAUGUGACUCAACGAAGAACGUUCAUUUCGUGAGGAGGAGUUUUCCAAAUUUACAGGGAAUCUGUGCUCGUAUCCGGCAUGCUGGCUUUCUUAGUUGGACUUUUAUACCUAGUGAGUGGACGCACGGUGCGCGCUCAGGAUGCGACAGGUAGCCGCUUCUUCUGCUCCGCCAUCCCGGCGGGCGCCGACCCUAGCUGCUCGUUCGACCCCAACGGUAACCGCGUGCAGAGCACCAGCCCCGUGGAGGACGAGCUACGGAACACCAUCCUCCAACUCCGGGAGAACAUCCUCCAGCAGAAGGAGACUAUCGUGAGUCAGCAGGGCACUAUCAAGGAGCUGAACUCCAAACUGGCGCGCUGCGAGGCGGCCGCGGAGGACUCUGCGAGCAGGUCCAGGGGCCAGAGCUCCAGGCGGAAGGACUACAGUAAGAACACAAUGGGAGACCUUCCCAGGGACCCCACGGAAACUAUAGACCAGCUGGGAAAGACCAUGCAGGGGCUCACGGGUCGGUUGGAGAAUCUGGAGCAGCAGCAGUUGCGUGCCAACACGUCAGCAGCAGCAGCAGGUGCGGGUGGGAAUGCAGUGGGGCCCCUACCGGCGGAGCUGCGGGAGCUGCUGAAGCACCGUUUGGGGGCCCUAGAGGGCCAGCUUCUGAGGAAGGUGGCCGAGCUGGAGGAAGAGAAGAGCCAGCUGUACAACGAGACGGCUGCCCACCGUCAGCGUACCGAGAGCACCCUCACCUCACUGCUGGAGAGGAUCACAGAGCUGGAGAGAAGUAACAACGCAUUUAAGUCCCCAGAGGAUUUCAAGGUGUCUCUCCCCCUGCGCACCAAUUACCUAUACGGACGCAUCAAGAAGAGUCUCCCUGAGAUGUAUGCCUUCACAGUGUGCAUGUGGCUGAAGUCCAGCGCCAGCCCUGGUAUAGGAACCCCCUUCUCCUACGGGGUGCCAGGACAGGCCAAUGAGAUCGUGCUCAUCGAGUGGGGCAACAACCCCAUAGAGCUGUUGGUCAACGACAAAGUGGCCCAAUUGCCCCUGUCGGUGAGCGAUGGCCGCUGGCACCACAUAUGCAUCACCUGGACGACGCGGGACGGCUUCUGGGAGGCGUACCAGGACGGGGAGAGGCUGGGCACUGGGGAGAACUUGGCCCCCUGGCACCCAAUUAAACCUGGAGGGGUGAUCAUCCUGGGACAGGAACAGGACAUGGUGGGGGGUCGUUUCGACGCCACCCAGGCCUUCGUUGGCGAGCUGAGCCAGUUCAACAUGUGGGACCGGGUCCUCCGUCCUGUGGACAUCAUGGGAAUGGCCAACUGCUCCUCCUACAUGCCCGGGAACAUUGUUCCCUGGAUCGACACCAACGUCGAAGUCAUGGGAGGAGCAUCCAAGGCGGCGUUGGAGAUCUGCGAGGACCGUAUGUUCGAACCGUAAAGGAGUUGGAUGUGUAACGUUGUUAUGACACUGGGUUCCGAAGGUUCCGGAGGCUUGAGAGGUGGUUCUGGUUCCGCGCUCUCUGUGCUGCUUCAGAAACACCCCUCAAGGAGCAAAAAGGGCUCAACGGGUAUUGCCUUUGUUUACAGACCUAGAUCUAGUAAAUGGGUCAACUUCUUGUUUUCCCAAUGUGUUUUGCUGUGAUUUUCCAUGCUUUACUACAUGGCUCACAAGUUCAUGCCCAUUCCAACGGGAUUCUAACUAGAGGAUUUUUACAGAGAACCCACUUGAGACUGAGGACUCUAUACUCUGUAUUCUGUCUUUUACUCCUUUAGCUAGAGAUCCUUUUGACUGAGUCAUGUUUGAACACAGCUCCUCUCUAAGGCAUUUCAAACUGAUAAUCGAGCACUGUACUGUACUCAGUGAAUGUGAGCUAAUAUAUAACCCAUAGAAGCUUUUAUUGUGUUGUGUGGACAGCUAUUUCUGAGUUGCAUGGCAAACUUCUCCGGUACGUUAUGUGAGCUUGUGUUCCUUUGCAGUAAAAAGAAGCCCCAUGUUCCAGGGAGGGAUAUUGAUGAGUAUUGAUGAGUAUAGAAUAUUAAGGCAACAGUGGAAUAGACCAUUGACUUCAUGUGGAGUCAUUUUAAACGUGUGCAUGUGUUUUGACUUGUCACUGGGAGUAUUGAGUGCCAAAGUUAAUGCAUGCGUACUGUAUGUGUGUAUAUGUGUGUGCAUAUGUACAUGCACAGGUGGGUGUGUUUACUGUAAUAGCAGUUUGUGUGUGUGUGGGUGUGUGCACGCUCUCGUUGUGUAAAAGGCCCUAGAGAUUAGUGACGAGGACAUUCACAUUCUUGUAAAUCUAUUCUAAUACCUCUCCUCCCCUUGAGCAGCUGCCAUCCCAAGCAGCUUUGUGCAGCGGCCGGCCCAGGCAGGUUAAAAGCAAAGUCAGAAAGCUGCCGAGGACUGGCGGGAAGCCGGGAAUUCAGCGCUCUGUGUGCCACACUGGGGGAGCGUGGGUUGGAAUGGGAAGCCAGGGACUGGAUGACCUUCAAGGAAGGAUUUUAUCCAUAAUCUGUGAUAGUAAAUAUCAUGUUUGUCAAAUUAAUGAGAAGAUGAAUGUGAGCUAUUUUACUAUCCCGUUGCAUUGUAUAAUAUAGAAAAAUGCCUAUAUAAGCCAGAGAGACGCUAUGAAAAUGAAGACUGUGAAACUAAAGAUGAGGAGAGAUCUGAAUGUUUCUGGUUGGAACAAGACAAAAAGCACUGGAACACUUUGCUAUGUUUCCGUUUGUAGAAAAUGUCUUUAAUUUCCUUAGAGAUAAG